UUUUAGGUUAAGGUUGAAAGCAAUGCAAAAACAUACCAGGAGCUGUCAAAAUUAAAUGAUUCAAAAGGACCUAGAUAAAUUAUUUAUGUAAAAAUAGGAAUAUACAUACAUAAUGUACGACUCCGAUCCUGUUUCCUAUGACGUUAAUAUUUCCAUUGGUACCUGUAAUAAUGGAAUGGGGGCAGUGAAUUUGGCUUUUUACAAAGUAACCAAUAAACCUGUAGUGAUGAAAAAGUUUUAUUUAGAUAAUACUGAACAAGAAGAGUACAAUCUGAUUGAGCAGGAAAUCGUGAAAAUGCGACACAUGCAACAUCCGAAUAUCUUACCAUAUCUGAGUGCUUUCAUAGUUGAGCAAUCGUUGUGUGUCGUGUCUCCUCUCAUGGCGUAUGGAUCUUGCAGCAGUUUGAUCGACGAAUAUUUUACUGAAGGACUUCCAGAAUUAGUAAUAGCGUUUGUUUUAAGGGAUGUUUUACAAGGACUUGAAUACAUUCACAAGCGAGGUUUGAUACACAGAGCAAUUAAAGCAAGUCACAUACUCAUAUCAAUUUUGGGUCAAGCUUGUAUAUCAGGACUGAGGUAUUCGUGUGAAACAACGGAACACGGUAAAUGGCAAAGAAAUUUGUUUUCCUUUCCAAAGACGAUUGCUCCAAAUCUAAAGUGGCUUAGUCCAGAGCUGCUCAAACAAGAUCUUCAUGGGUACAAUGAAAAAUCAGAUAUCUACAGUGUUGGUAUGACAAUUUGCGAACUUGCAAACGGAAUUGUCCCAUUUUACGAUAUGCCAGAGACAUUAAUGUUAACAGAAAAAGUGCAGGGAUGCGCUCCACACCUAAUUGAUCGAUCAUCGUUUCCUCAGGACACUGACCAAAUAAAACAAUCAAAUGGGAAUGCUAGCAAUAACAGUUUGAACGUAAUUGACAAGCGCAUCGAGUCUUUAUCGACAAAAGAGUUUUCAGAACCGUUCCAUUCAAUCACAGAAAUGUGUUUGCAAAGCGAUCCUGGUAAUCGACCUUCAGCCACUCAACUCAUUUCACAUCAAUUUUUUAAGCAAUGUCGAAAAACCGAUGAGACUUUAGUUGACAUCCUGAAAAUUGUCACGCCAAUACAUCAGAGAAAAAUCGAAUAUGCUGGAGAUCGACAAAUGACAAUUUCAACUGAACAAGUUUGCAACCUGAAUUUAGAAACCUACCAAUGGGAUUUUGAAAAUACCUGAAUAAAUUUUAAAUGUUUUAAUUUUUUUUUAUUCUUCCUAGUAAUGAAUUUUGUAUUUUAAUGAAAGAUUUAAUUGAAUGUAUAAUUUUAAAUUGUUACAUGUUAC